AUGGCUGUCGCUUACAAGAAUGAAAAAACUGUCGGAGACAACUCGGAGCACAGAAUCCGUCUUACCUUGACUUCCCAGAAUGUCAAGCCCCUCGAAAAGGUUUGCGCCCAGCUCAUUGAAGGAGCCAAGGGAGAAAACCUCAUCGUGAAGGGUCCAAUCCGUAUGCCGACUAAGGUUCUUCGCAUUACCACCCGCAAGACCCCAUGCGGAGAGGGUUCCAAGACUUGGGAUCGUUUCCAGAUGCGCAUUCACAAGCGUCUCAUCAACUUGCAUGCGCCUGCUGACGUGCUUCGCCAGAUCACGUCCAUCUCUAUCGAGCCAGGAGUCGAUAUUGAGGUGACCAAGGCCGACUAA